GCGGGGACAGCGGCGGGAGGGAGGCGGGAGCCCCGCGGCCCCGACAGCUCCCCCCCCCGCCUCAACCCCAGCCCCGGCCCCGCUCCGCUCCGCGCCGCUCCGCUCCGCCCCGCGGCAGCCCGGCCUCCGGCUCGGCGCUCCGGCGGCCCCUCGGCGGGCAGCCCCGGCGGGAAGAUGUGGGUGAAGCUGUGCUGUUUGCUGCUCUACUUCCUGGCGCUCUUCGUCCUGGCCAGGGUGUUCGAGGCCGUGGCGUGGUACGAGAGCGGGUUCUUGGCCACGCAGCUGGUGGACCCGGUGGCGUUAAGCUUUAGGAAGCUGCGGACUAUCCUGGAGUGUCGCGGGUUGGGACAUUCCGGGCUGCCCGAGAAGAAGGAUGUGCGGGAGCUGGUGGAGAAGUCAGGAGACCUCAUGGAAGGAGAGCUUUAUUCGGCUCUCAAGGAAGAAGAGGCUUCUGAAUCGGUUUCCAGUACAAACUUCAGCGGUGAAAUGCACUUCUAUGAGCUUGUAGAAGACACAAAAGAUGGGAUCUGGCUGGUUCAGGUCAUAGCAAAUGACAGAAGCCCACUGGUGGGUAAAGUCCACUGGGAGAAGAUGGUGAAGAAAGUAUCAAGAUUCGGCAUACGUACCGGCACUUUCAACUGUUCCAGUGACCCCAGAUACUGCAGGAGGAGGGGUUGGCUGAAAUCCACCCUCAUCAUGUCGGUGCCACAAACCAGUACCUCCAAGGGGAAAGUGAUGCUGAAGGAAUACAAUGGGCGCAGAAUCGAGGUGGAGCACAUCUUCAAAUGGAUCACAGCCCACGCUGCUUCUCGGAUCAAAACCAUUUACAACUGGGAGCAUUUAAAAGAAGAAUGGAACAAAAGCGACCAGUACCGUGUGAAAAUAUACCUGUUUGCCAACCUGGACCAGCCCCCCGCGUUCUUCUCCGCACUCAGUGUAAAGUUUACUGGAAGAGUAGAGUUUAUUUUUGUGAACGUGGAAAACUGGGACAAUAAAAGUUCCAUGGCAGAAAUUGGUGUCUAUAAGACACCGUCGUACAUCCUUAGGACUCCCGAAGGGAUUUACAGGUAUGGAAAUAACACCGGUGAAUUCAUAUCACUCCGUGCCAUGGAUUCCUUUUUGCGCUCGUUACAACCAGAAGUUAAUGAUUUGUUUGUUUUAAGCUUGGUUUUGGUUAAUCUGAUGGCUUGGAUGGACCUGUUCAUUACACAGGGAGCUACUAUAAAGCGUUUUGUGGUUCUUAUAAGCACUUUAGGGACGUAUAAUUCAUUAUUGAUUAUUUCCUGGCUGCCCGUGUUAGGUUUUUUGCAACUCCCCUACUUAGACAGCUUUUAUGAGUACAGCUUAAAACUCUUCAGGUACUCCAACACAACUACUUUGGCUUCUUGGGUAAGAGCAGAUUGGAUGUUCUACUCAUCGCAUCCAGCCCUCUUCCUCAGCACGUACCUUGGUCACGGUUUACUAAUUGAUUACUUUGAGAAGAAGAGAAGACGCAAUAACAACACCGAUGAAGUCAAUGCUAAUAAUCUGGAGUGGCUGUCAAGCCUGUGGGACUGGUACACCAGCUACUUGUUUCAUCCCAUCGCUUCUUUUCAACACUUUCCCUUUGAUUCGGAUUGGGAUGAAGACCCGGAUUUGUUCCUGGAGCGGUUGGCCUUCCCCGACCUCUGGCUUCACCCUCUGAUACCAACCGAUUACAUCAAGAACUUACCAAUGUGGAGGUUUAAAUGCCUCGGGGUCCAUUCCGAUGAGGAAACCUUUCAAGACAGCGAAAGUGACUCUGACAGUGAAAACAAAGAGGUCUUCAGUAGCGAAAAGGAAGUCUCGGAGGACGAGGAGCUAAACACGUUCCACAGGGAGGGAGAGCCUGGUGUGGAGCCCUGUUUGUGUGCCAAUAAAUAUUGUCACCGCGAGCCCUACGAUGGGAAAGCGAGGUCCUACGGCUCGUCCAGCACCACGGGUGACAUGGAGCCGGACUGGUCAGCCUGGCCCACCGAGAUGUUGCACUGUACAGAAUGCGUGGUGUGUCUAGAAAAUUUUGCAGAUGGGUGUUUGCUCAUGGGCCUGCCCUGCGGCCACGUGUUCCACCAGAAUUGCAUCGUGAUGUGGCUGGCGGGGGGCAGACACUGCUGCCCCGUCUGCAGGUGGGCUUCCUACAAAACCAAGCAGCCAUACACACACCCGCCGCCUUUGGCGAGUGAUAGCCCAUCUUAGCUGUGUGUGCCCGUGUCCUUUGUAAGCUUCCCGGGUAUUCCUGCUUGCCUUUUAAAUGUUAGUCACUUCAAAGAUUCCGUGGUUUGAAGUUUUUUAGUUGCAAUGUUAGUGCAGUGAGUUAAGAUAUAGCUGAUGCUAACGUUAACGACAGAAUCAUUUGGUUGCCUUGUCCGUUGAACUGAAUGCAUACUUAAGAGUACAGUCACUUCUUUCUUUGCAACAUCUGGAAACUUGAUGCUGGUUUUGGAAGCACAAAAAAACAACCACCAUUAAGCCUACGGCAGAAGCAUAUUCCAGCAAACGUUUACAAGUGAGGAUGUGGGUGACAUGGAAAUCCUAAUCGGAGACAAUUGCUUAAUUUAAGUGUUUCUUAUUUUAGAGUCUGUUCAGCACAUCUUUGUUGAGUAAUGUAUGUUGUAAACCCAGUACCAUUGACAACGAAAUCAGCAAAAUAAAUUAUUUUAAAAGGAGGUUUGUAAUGUUAAUUGUUUUGAUAACUAUUCUGUGUGUACGGUUACACAUGUCUUGCUGGCCUUAUCUGUGAAGCCAAUAAAAAUAUAACACAGCUUU